GGCGGGGACGGAGGCGGAGGCGCUUUGAAAGACCCUUCUUUGUGGAUGCACAGCCUUUCUGCAGUCUUCUACCAACAGCCAUCCCUCCAUUUUGGAGCCUGAGCACCCGCUUCCUGAAUCUGGGGAAUGAGUCCCGCCAGAAAGCCAGGUCAAGAGGAGGAGGAUGUCAACAAGCACACCAAACAGAUCACAGAGGAAGAUGUGGAAGAUGAAGACAUCAAGCCAGGAAAAAGAAAAAGGCUGUCUUCUGUAAUGUAUGACAGUGAUGACAGUGAUGACAGUGAUGACAGUGAUAUCCUAGUUAGAAAAGCAGGUGGUAAACGUCCACGCAAGGUGGUCGAGGAGGAGUGUUCUUCACUGGAAAUGGAACAAGAAACCCCUGAAAAAUCAUUAAUUGCUCGAAAGCGAGAACACCACCAGAAGCUAAAGGAACUCUCAGAAAAAUCACGCCAGAGACAGAGACGCAAUAGUGGUAGAAAUUUUGAGGACUCUGAAAAGGAAUCUUGUUCAAGUACUGAUGAAGAUGAGGAUGAGGAUGAUUACAAAUCUGACGAAAGUGGAGAUGAUUAUAUGAUUGAUGAUUUUGUAGUGCAAGAUGAGGAAGGUGAUGAAGACAUUAAAAAUCAACAAGGAGAAAAUUUGACUACAUCACAACUGAAAUUAGUAAAACAGAAUUCUAUUUAUUCUUUUAGUGACCACUAUACUCACUUUGAAACAGUUGUGAAUGCUCUUCUGAUCAAUGCUUUCGAUGAAUCUUUUCUGGAAACCUUGUAUGCUGGCGCCAGGAAGAAGACAUAUGCAAAAGAUAUGUUGACAUCUCUUCAUUAUUUGGAUAAUCGCUUUAUUCAACCCCGUCUAGAGAGUUUAGUCUCUAGAAGUCGAUGGAAAGAGCAAUAUAAGGAACGAGUUGAAAGCUACUCUAACUUAAGUAUCCAUCCAAAGAACCCCGAGGACUGCUCCUGCCAGGCUUGUGGGCUGCAUCGUCACUGUAAAUACGCAGUGCAUCUCUCAGGAAAGUUGUACAACAACAAGACAAUGGAAACAGAUGACUUCAUGUCACGUGAUAAGCAGGUGUUUAUUGUUGGCAGAAUUUGUGCUGAUCGCACCAGAAUUUAUCAUAAACUGAAACAUUUUAAAUUCAAACUGUACCAAGAAUGUUGCUCCAUUGCAAGAACAGAAGAAGGUGAAGAUGAACAAGUCAAAGAAACAGUAGGAAGAGUCUUUAGUCAGUCAAAAGAGAGCGGCUGGAUUAGAAAGAAAUACGAUGAACUGGAAGACGAUCUCAAUUCUGCGGAUUAUUUUCAAGAUGAGAAGUUUGAAUUAUAGCAUGUUUCCUUCAGAGAAGAUUUUAUAAGUUUCUAUUGAUGUGAAGAUCAUGAGCUUUAGUUCUCUGUAUCAUGUGACAUUUGUUGUAUAUUCUAUGUAUAUCUUUGUGGCAAAAUAUCUUGUUUGUAUGCUCAUCUGAUUUUCAUGAAAUGCCACAGUGAAGUCUAAUAAAGCCUCAUAGAUGUACAUGGAGAACCUCA